UCAUCAAGUGGUUUGGUGCUGUCGCACUUUCCUUCUAGUCUUUCGUUUUUAGACACUCGCCGGCUUCGCCCCGCCGCCGUGCUCUCUGUUCCAAGAUGGUUCGCGGAUAUCAUUUCCUGUCGCUGCUCACGGGCGCGCUAAGCAUUUUAUCAACUGAAGCCAAGAAGACAGAAGGGGAAACGAAACAUCUUCCUGGAUCUUACAUUGUGGAGUUUGAAGAUUCCCAGGACUCGGCAGAAUUCUUCAGCCACAUUAGCGAAAAGGCGAAAACGCGCAUGAAUUUGGAUUACAAGUUAUUCAAAGGAGUAUCGAUCCAAUUUCACGAUCUGAAGACGGCCGAGGAAGAGGCGGGAAAGCUUAACUCCCUUUCUAGCGUUAAACAGGUAUGGCCGAAUAGGGUGUACUCGCUACCCAGGGACGAAGUUGUCUGGACGGGGCGAAGCGGUGGAGUAGACUAUAUCAAAAACGUUAAGAGACAGCUUGGAAAUGAUACCUUCACACCACAUGUGAUGACCCAAGUGGAUAAGCUUCGGGCAAAGGGGAUCACAGGAAAGGGAGUCAAGAUUGGCAUCAUCGAUUCAGGUGUUGAUUAUACACAUCCCGCGUUGGGCGGCUGCUUUGGUGGUCCAGACUGUCUAUUCACCUUUGGUAGUGAUAUCGUUGGAGACGACUACAACGGCUACAACACACCCGUACCCGAUGACGACCCGUAUGAUGGCUGCGGUGGCCAUGGCACUCACGUCUCUGGAAUCAUCGCGGCGCAGGCAAAUGAAUUUGGUUUCACUGGCGUUGCCCCCGACGUCACCCUCGGCAUGUUUAGAGUCUUCGGUUGUAGUGGCAGCGCUGGCAAUGAUGUCUUGAUUGAUGCCUAUAUGAAAGCAUUCGAAGCUGGAUCAAACAUCAUCACAGCAUCGAUCGGUGGCUCCUCCGGCUGGAGCGAAGACCCCUGGGCUGUUGCCGUAUCUCGGAUUGUCGAAGCCGGUGUUCCUUGUACGGUUUCAGCUGGCAAUGAUGGAGCGCUUGGUCUAUUUUAUGCCAGCACGGCUUCCAACGGCAAAAAAGUUACAUCGAUUGCCUCAAUAGACAACGAGGUUACACCUUUAAUCCUCACCGACUCGAAUUUUACCAUAGAUGGUGGCGUGCAACAGAAAUUUGGUUACGCUCUCGGAGAGCCAGGAAAAUGGAGCAACGUCAGCCUUCCGCUGUGGACUCCCUCAUUCAAUACCACAGACCCUGCUCAGGGCUGCGGGGGGUUACCAGAAGAUACUCCUGACUUAUCAGGUUACAUCGUACUGAUUCGUCGCGGGUCCUGCACCUUUGUAGAGAAGGCAACCAACGCGGCGCAGUUCGGAGCGAAAUACGUCCUUUUCUAUAAUAAUGUCAAAGUCGGAGCAUUGGGUCCCGACACUUCUGAAGUUACUACUAUCCAGGGAACUGGUAUGGUAACUGCUGACCAAGGUGAAUCGUGGGUUGCCGAGUUGGAAAACGGAUCCAAGGUUGUUCUUAACAUGCUUGAUCCUAACACCGCGCCUAUCAGCUUGACUUACCAGAAGAACACUAUUACCGGUGGUUUCGCAAGUUCUUACACCACUUGGAACCCAACCUUCGAGUUGGAUAUCAAACCCCAACUUGCUUCUCCUGGAGGUAAUAUCUUAUCGACGUUCCCAAUUCCCCUGGGUAGUUAUGCCGUGCUAUCUGGCACUUCGAUGGCGUGCCCCUUAGUUGCCGCCAUCUAUGCCCUCGUCUCAAAUGUCCGCGGUACUCUCGACCCCGCUACCCUGGAAAGCAUACUAUCGGCAACGUCAAACCCGCAGCUCUUGAACGAUGGAACCAAUACUUAUACGUCUCUUGCGCCUGUCUCGCAACUCGGUUCCGGCAUAGUUCAAGCAUAUGAUGCUGCCUACGCGACCACUUUGCUAAGCAAGUCCAGUCUCGCCUUCAAUGACACGGACAAUUUCGUCGAUACGCUGAACUUCACUAUCAAGAAUUUGGGCACCGAAGAAGUCACUUACGAACUAGGGAGCGUAGGUGCUGCGACCGCGUACACCUUCUCGGACUCCAUAUACCCGGAUCCUUUCCCCGGUGUAGAGUUCACAGACGAAUAUGCCACUGUUGCGCUCAGCGAGUCUAAAGUGACCAUCCCAGGUGGUGAGGAAGUGGUUGUUUCCGUCACGGUCACUCCACCUGCGGUUAACGCUACCCGCUUACCUGUCUAUUCGGGAUAUAUCACCCUAAACGGUACUAACGGCGAUAGCCUGUCGUUGCCGUACAACGGAGCUGUGGGUAGCCUGCACGACACAAGAGUCUUGGAUGUAGGAUACCUCUCAAUCUCGACAGACAGAGAGUUGAACCCCAUUACGGGUCGUGCUUCGUUCGUGCUGCCCAAAACCAACACCACGACCACGAACACAACAUACCCGGUUGCCGUAGCACUCCUGGCAUUCGGAUCACCCCAACUCAACAUCAAAGCAGUGCCGGUCAACUCGACUGCUUACGUAGGCGCGGAUGUUGGUAGCCAUAUUUUCGGCUCGCCACUUGUCUACGCGUCCCGUGACCCCUUCACUUUGAACUGGGAUGGAAGAUUUGCGGAUGGUACGUGGGCGCCGGCGGGAGCAUACAAACUGCGUUUUGAGGCGCUGCAUAUCUUUGGUGACGCUGCCAAUCCAACUGAGUAUGAUAUCGAUGAGUCUAUCGAAUUCUCUGUCAGGUUUAUUUAAAGAUAUGGUAUGUGUAUAUUAGAGUUAAAAAAUGCAUAAUGAGAAUUGUACCUGAUGUGAAACUUUGAAGAACAUCAAUAUUAAGAAAGGACAUCCAAGCAAUGAAGGAGUUGAAAGGUUAGGUACCUCGGAACGUAGUUUGUAGUUUGUAGGUAGUUUUUAGAUGAUCGGUUUAACAAAUAUACUGCUCAAUGGAAUAGGUAUUCUAGUCCUAGAGGGUACCUAAUUCAUUUAAAUAAUCC